AUGAAGUCACUCGUCCCCUUUCUGGCCUCUGUUGCCAGCCUCGCCCAUGCGCAAUCGAACUUCUUUAUCAACCCUGGCUCGCAAGCCGACCAGCUCGCCAGCGGUAACCACACGGAAGACUAUCCCAUCUACCAAGAGGGCGACAGCCAAGUCUUCAGCUGGAUCACAAACUGGACAGUGAUCAGCCUUCUUCUGUAUCAGAAUGAGAACGCCUCGUAUAUCCGUCUUCUCGACUUUGAAGAAAAUCAUCCAAACAGAUAUACCUACGACAUGAGGCCUGACGUCGAUCUCUCGUGGAACGACGUCUUCUUUUUGACCCUCUGGAACGAAAACAACGCCGAAGAUGGCGGCCCUCCAUUCAUCUACUCCUCCUACUUUCGCAUCAACGCCUCUGAUUCUGAUUCCUCAACCUCGACUUCAACCACCACCACAAGACCAACAUCAACAUCAACAAUCCCAAGCACCACAACAACCUCAACUCCAACCGAUUCUCCCACCCCUGAACCAGAAACAACAGCUCCCUCGUCCGACUCACCCUCAGAUGAGGACGGCGGUGACUCCCUCUCCUCCUCCGCAAAAGUCGGCCUAGGCGUCGGCAUUGGCCUGGGAGUCCCUGCCCUUGCCCUCGCCGGCGUCGCCGCAUUCUACCUCCGCCGCCGCUCCCAAGCAGCCGCCUACCAGCACUCGCAGCAACUACCUCCCGGCGCGGGAUACACACCGGGCACUGGGUCGGGAUAUCCCAGCCCGCCCGUCUCGGACAUGAGUAACCCGUCGCCGUUCAAGUUGGGUGGGUCGAGCACGGUUCCAGGGUAUAGUGGGCCUGUUGAGGCGGAUGGGACGGGGUUGCAGGCUCAGGCUCAGGCUCAGCACCAGAGUCGGUUCCAGGAGUUGCCUGGGGGCGGGUAUGCGCGGUGA